UGCUGGUCAGGCCACUCCGAGGGUCUCCCUAUCUGAGGAGACAGCUUUCACACUGCUGCACACCCACUGCCUCCCUCUCCUGUGGGCUUUAAUGGGUGCAGCCCGAGGAGGAGCCCAGGGCGUCAAUGUCACAGCACAGUUCCUGUCCUCCCUCAGGUUCCGGCCUGAAGACCAGCUUGGGAGCUCCCCACUACCUGCUGCCACAUCCAACCCCAGCCCCACGUCACCAUGCACUCCUUGGACGAGCCGCUCGACCUGAAGCUGAGCAUCACCAAGCUCCGGGCGGCGAGAGAGAAGCGGGAGAGGACGCUGAGUGUGGUCCGGCACCGAACUCUACACAGGGAGCUCGGCCUGGUGGACGACAGCCCCACGCCGGGCUCCCCGGGCUCCCCGCCCUCAGGCUUCCUGCUGAACCCCAAGUUCCCUGAGAAGGUGGAGGGACGCUUUACGGCGGCCCCUCUGGUGGACCUCAGCUUGUCGCCACCCUCUGGGCUGGACUCUCCCAAUGGCAGCAGCUCGCUGUCCCCCGAGCGCCAGGGCAAUGGGGACCUGCCUGCAGUGCCCACAGCCCCGGAUUUCCAGCCGUUGCGCUACCUCGACGGCGUCCCCAGCUCCUUCCAGUUCUUCCUGCCUCUGGGCUCCGGGGGGGCCCUGCACCUGCCUGCUUCCUCCUUCCUCACCACCCCCAAGGACAAGUGCCUCUCACCAGAGCUACCCCUGCCCAAGCAGCUGGUGUGUCGCUGGGCCAAGUGUAACCAGCUCUUUGAGCUCCUGCAAGACCUGGUGGAUCACGUCAACGACUACCACGUCAAGCCCGAAAAGGAUGCAGGGUACUGCUGCCACUGGGAGGGCUGUGCCCGUCACGGCCGAGGCUUCAACGCCAGCAGGUACAAGAUGCUUAUCCACAUCCGCACGCACACCAAUGAGAAGCCACACCGCUGCCCCACCUGCAGUAAGAGCUUCUCCCGCCUGGAGAACCUGAAGAUACACAACCGGUCGCACACAGGUGAGAAGCCCUACGUCUGCCCGUAUGAGGGCUGCAACAAGCGCUAUUCCAACUCCAGCGACCGCUUCAAGCACACACGCACCCACUAUGUGGACAAGCCCUACUACUGCAAGAUGCCCGGUUGCCACAAGCGCUACACGGACCCCAGCUCGCUGCGCAAGCACAUCAAGGCCCAUGGCCACUUCGUGUCCCACGAGCAGCAGGAGCUUCUACAACUGCGCCCGCCCCCAAAACCACCACUGCCCACCCCUGACGGCAGCCCCUAUGUCAGCGGGGCCCAGAUCAUCAUCCCCAACCCUGCUGCCCUCUUUGGAGGCCCCGGCCUGCCUGGCCUGCCCCUACCCCUGGCCCCUGGCCCCCUUGACCUCAGUGCCCUGGCCUGUGGCAAUGGUGGGAGUGGUGGGGGUGGGGCGGGCAUGGGCCCUGGGUUGCCAGGCCCCAUUCUGCCCCUUAAUCUGGCCAAGAGUCCACUGCUACCCUCGCCCUUCGGGGCUGGCGGACUGGGCCUGCCUGUGGUCUCCCUCCUGGCUGGCUCCGCAGGUGGCAAGGCCGAGGGAGAAAAGGGGCGUGGGGCAGUGCCAGCCAGAGCCCUCAGCAUGGAGGGCUGCAAGACCCCCCUGGAGAGGACUGAGAGUGGCCGCUCCCGGCCCAGCCCUGAUGGACUCCCCCUGCUGCCGGGCACUGUGCUGGACCUGUCCACUGGUGUCAACUCAGCAGCCAGCAGCCCAGAGGCGCUGGCCCCUGGCUGGGUAGUCAUCCCACCGGGCUCUGUGCUACUGAAACCGGCUGUGGUGAACUGAACCCACCCUGGGGACAGCUACCCACUACCGCCAGCAGCUCCUGGCCCUGCCCCGACGAACAGAAACUCUUCUGCGAAAUAGCAAUAAUGUCCUCCCGCCCCUGGGGCCUGGUUGGCUGUGCCCCCCACCCCCCAACAACCCCAGCCCUGGACAAGCUGGGCAGCAAGGAUGGUGCUAGGUCACUGCUCGUGAGGGAGACCUGCCUGCCGGCCAGGGAGAGCUAAGCUCCUGGGUGCUGGGGCCUUGCUCACCUCUGGCCCUCAGUCCCCGUCCCAUCCUCCACCCUGGUGACUCCCUCACCCCAUGGCCAACCUGGGCAGGUCGCCCUCCCUUCCCUGCCCUGUCCACCUGCCAGCCCAUCCCAGUAGUGGGGGCAGGUGGGUGGAGGCAUCUACCCUCCCUGCUGGUGCAGGGCUCAGCUGUGACAGGGAGCCCCAUGGUCGAGGCCCUACCCCUCCUGCCUAGCCUCACUAGGCCCCAGCUCUGGGGGCUCUUUGGACCCCUUUCCCUCUGGCCCACCCUCCAGAGGGAGAGCAAGACAGACGCAGGCCCUGGCAAAGCCACAGGAAGAGCCACCUUAUCCUUAUGACAAGGUGCCUCCCGCUUGGAGAGGGAGGCCCGCUCUGCUCGAUCCCACCUACCUGUCCGAAAACAGCCAGCACUGCCUGCGGGUUAGCCCCUUCUCUGGGUUGAAGGAUGCUCUGAAGAGGCCACUCAGCUGCCUCUUUACCACUGGGCCUCCUCCCUCUGCCUUGUGGGGAGCCCUGGAGUGUGGGAAGGGGAGGUGCCAGCAGCUCGGGCCUGCCCGGCUCAGGGAACAGGUGGGGUGGGCCUGGCCUUGGGCAGUGCCUCCUUGCAUAGGGGCUGCAGAAGCCUGCUAGCUGGCCGGAGACGGGAGGCUGGCUAGGGAUGACCCCAGGCCAGGAUGCAGCUCUCAUUCUGGAGUGCUAAGUCACAGCCAGCACACAGACGAGGGAGGGCUUCAGGCCAGUGCUGAGCACCAUGGACUGAGGCCCUAGUCUUGGGGGACAGGAAAGUAGCUACGGACAGCCACAAGAGGCCUGGCCCCUCCACCUAAGGGGGGAAAGCUGGAGGAAUUAGCCUGGACUGGUGACAUACUGUUGGCUUUUCCCAGCCGAGCCUGUCCUAGAGGCGUCCCCUAUACUCCCAGGGGUUGGAAUCAGCCAAGGGCACUGACACUCCCCGUGGUGGGCUUUCCCCAGGCCCUGGGGACACAGCACAUACUUUCCCCACCGAGCCCUGAAGUGGCCUGGUGCAGUCUGGGAGGUGUUAGCCUGGCCCUUAGGAGCUCUGGCUCCAAGGCCUGCCCUGCCCUUGGCCUUAGAGCAAGCCCGCCCUUUCCUGGCUAUAGAACAAGGGAGCUGUGGGACAGCAGUGGAGUCCUUAGCAGCCCUGGGGUUCCAGGGUUCCCUGCUGUUCCUCCGAGCAGCUCUGCUGACCCCUCCCUUUCCUGGACUGCCCUUCUGUCCCAGAGGGGUCACUCUGACCCGGCCCUAACAGGGCCCGGCAGUGCUAGUUCUGCCCCUCGAAGGGGUUGUGAGCAAAGCGGGAAGGAGCUGGUCUUCUUUCUUCGGGCCCCACCCAGGACCCAGGCACCUCCACCCCCAUUAAGGGCACCAGACCCUUAAGUUCCCAGUUGUGGGGUGAGGGGUUUGAGACUCGAGCCCAGGGAGCAGAGGAACAGGGCACUGGAAGGUGACAUUAGCUCAGCAUGUGACUCAGUGAUAGACCAGGCUCGAGAGAGCCGGUGUACGUGUUGUCGUCAGUUUGUUGUUGCACAUUCCAGGAUAUCAGUAUUUUAACAGGUUCUAAGUGCCUUUCUAUUGUAGCUUAUGUUUUUCCUCCUCUUGGCUCCAUUGCUGUUAGCAUAGAGUUUAAAAAAAGAGAUAAGCUAAUGACUAUAACAAUAUAUUCCUCCAUGUGAGAGGAAGUUUAUAAAGAAACAAUAAAAGUGAGUUGCAAAGAUG